UCUGGGGUUUGAAAUGGGGAUUUGUGGUCAGGAACUGUUGAGCAGUUCACCUUAGAGAGCUGGGUUCUCAGUUUUCUGCUGGUGCUGUUCCUCACUGCUCAGCUCAGUACAGAGAUGGAAACAGAGCGAGUAAUUGAACCAGCUUCGUUAAAAUGAAGGAGAUGUAGAACAUAAAGCUUGGUAACGUAAAGCUGAAUGUAAGAAUAAAAGAAAAAGCUGGCCUUUUUCACCCUAAUCUUGAGAUCUGCUGCUGUACAGAAAGUGUUGAUGAGCCUGUUGAAGUGUUGGUGGCAGCGUAGGCUGGAGCUGGGGUCAUCUCUGCAAACCACCUCAGCCAGGGCGCCACGGCCUCACCUCCAGCCCUGCCAGCCCUGCUGGCCCUGCUGUUCCUCCCUCUCCUGCCCCUUCCCACUCCCCUCCUGCUAAAAAUGACUCGGUGGCAGCUGUUGGGAAGUGGAGCCCGUUUGCUUGCUGCUGCUUUGGGAAUAUGAUCCAGAUCCUGCACGAGAGGGAGAAAGCAGCGGAGAGAAAGAGAAGGGGAGCUGGGAAGCUCUGGAGAAUAACUUGCUUGUUUUGAGCCUGGUGUAGAAAGUUCAGUCUUUGUGGUGAGGUUCAGGGAUGAAGCAGAGCUGCUACUAAAGGUCCUAGCCUGGGAAUCGAAGAAUUCCUGGUGGAAUCUGUCCAUGAAGGAGGUGGGUGACGGGCUGCACGAGCAGAUGACGUGCAUGAUGGGCGCCCUGCAGGAGCUGAAGCUGCUGCAGGUGCAGACGGCUCUGGAGCGCUUGGACAUCUCGGGGCGCCAGGAGCCGCGGCCAGGGGGGGCCCAGGGACGCUGCCCCCCGCCCCUGGCGUGUCCCCUGCCACGGGCAGCCAGCUCGCCCCAGCCCGCUGCGCUCGCGGGGAGCGCCCGCCCUGGGGACAGCCCCUGCUCCUCGGGGAGCCUCGGCGGGGAGGCUCUGUGCCCCCCCAAAGGACCCGCCUGCAGCAGCCAGCCCCGCACGGCGCAGCCCAGCAGGCAGGGCACGGCGGGGGCACGGCCGCCGUGCCAGGAGUGCCCGGGCUGUGACGAUGGCCACGACUGGACGUCGUCCCUGAUGUCGCAGAGCAGGAACCGGCAGCCGCUGGUGCUGGGGGACAACAUCUUCGCAGACCUGGUGGGCAACUGGCUGGACCUGCCCGAGCUGGACAAGAAGGGGGAGAAGAGCGAGGCGUCCCUGUCCGCGAGCAGAUCCCAGGAGCUCUGCAGGAAGUUCUCCCUCACGGCCAACAUCUUCAAGAAGUUCCUGAGGAGCGUCCGGCCGGACCGCGACAGGCUGCUCAAGGAGAAGCCCUGCUGGCUCCCUCCCGAGGACAAGCAGCCCGAGAUCUCCAAGAGGUCCAAAAAGAUCAGCAAACUCAAGGGGACGUUUUACCUGCCCCUGCACGGGAACCUGCAGAGCCACAGCAAAGCAGAGAGGUGCCCGAGGGCAGAGGGCCGUAGCGAGCACCCCAAGGUGGGCACCAGGAAAGUCCCCAACCCCAGAGACUACAGCCAGGGGGGCUUUGACAUCAACACGGCCGUCUGGGUCUGACCUCUGCCCUGGCCAGCAUCUCCACACCCAGCACGAGCUGCAGGCUGCUCAGGGGACCCUGGGCUCUCCACAGCACGAGAGAGCAUCCGUGCUCUGGGCUUCACUCACCUGCACGUGGAGCUUUCUGGAGAACUACGGCAGCCUGAGCUCCACGUGGGGAAACCUUUGGGGGCCAAUACUGGCAAAAAUAAUGCAAAUCUUUAGCAGCUUUAGGGUGAGUGGUGCUCCAGGUGAGCAGCUCCUGGUGCCAGGCCCAUUCCAUCAUCUCCAGCUCAAUGGUGCAGCACAAAAUCCACGGUGUGCAUGUGUGUGUAUGAGUGUGCAAAUAUAUAUAUAUAUAGUUUUGUUAAAAAGUUCUAUUCCUGCUUGUGUGCACUUGAAACUGGGCUACAAACCAGGCAUCCCAAGCCUUGUACCUGAAGCACUUGUUAUUUAAAUGGAAAGAAGUUUGAAUUUAUAAGACUUGAACAAUUGCUAUGGGGGGGGUUCCCUUUAAACUGUAUCCCUGGUGCCCCCCCAGCAUCUCCCUCCCCUGCCAGUCAAACCAGAGGGGCACAAGGUUUGUGACCUGGGGGUCUCGGUGGGUUUGCCCCCUCCCCUCCCCUUGUCCCUGUGGGUCACUCCAGGUACAGCACCUCUGAAGUUCACUGUUGGGCUCUCACCCAGAUGCAAAGCUCAGUCCCCGUUUCCCGUUGUGUUCCUGUGCUGUUGUACAAACCUGCUUGGACAGAACCAAGUUCUGCAGUGUCGGCUCUCCAAGAGUUUCCAAUAAAGUGGGAUUGUCUCGCUCUGCUGUGGGACACCCUGCUCUGUUCU